AUGUCUGGCUCAGCCACCCCAACCGCGACCAUCAACACUCCUGCCACCAGCAAGACCACCACUCCCACCUCCGACAUUAUUACCAAGGGAAGCAAUGGCGCUGCCACCAAUAGCACCAACGGCACCAACGGCACCAACGGCACCGCCAAAUCCAGUGGUACUGACACCUCCACCACCGCAACCACUGCCGUCGUCCCGCCGAAGAUCAACGACCUAACAGCCGCCGAGCUCGAGACCGCCCUCCACGUCACCUUCGACAAAGCCAAGAAGCUCGCCUGGGACUCCGAGGAUGCCACUCCGGAAGCUCUCGUCGCCAUCCUUGCCACCUAUGCUAUUCAGGAAGUGCAUGCUUGUGGCUUUCGUCCUCCCUCCGCGAUCCGCGCAAUGGCCUAUAAGAUCACUAAGACGGCUGAGACGGGGGAGAAGGUCGCGACGAUCGGCUGCUUGAAGAAGGCGAGGGGUGAGUUGAUUGCUGAGGCUACUCAUGCGAGGAACCUUCAGGUGGCUCAGGGUGCUGCUGGUCAGGUCAACGGUGGUCGAGGCGGCGCGGCUCAUGGCAAUGGUGCUCAGUCUGGUACUGCCCAAGGUAACGGCACUCACGUUGCUGCUGCUCAGGGUGGUGCUCAGGCUGCGGCUUCUGGUGCCAAUGGAACUGCUUGA